UUGUUUAACUUCAAAAGUUGAAAGAAACAAAAGGCAAAAGAAAAAGAAAGAAUGGAUCCAAGGCUUUUCGAGGCAGUGAGAUGGAAGGACAUGAGGAGUUUUAUGAAUGUGGUGGGGAAGAAUGUGGAAAUUCUGAAGCAGAAAUCAGAAGUGACCGGCGACACGGCGCUGCACUUGGCGGUGAGGAACGGCCGCGGCUUCAUGGUGAAGAAGAUCCUGAAGCUCUGGCCGGAAGCUGCGGCGGAGGAGAAUCUGAAGAAGGAGACUCCAUUCCACGAAGCUUGUAAGGAGGGAGAGGCGGAAAUCUUGAUGCUACUUCUGGAGAUGAAUCCGCGGCUCAGCUCUGAACUCGGCCAUCAAAGUCACAGCCUCAUGUUCUCGGCCUGCAGCCAUGGUCACUUGGAUGUUGUCAAGAUCCUUUUCAAACAGCCCUGGCUUCGAAAUUUAGACCCCGCAGCUUGUUUUCUCGAGGCUGCCUCUAAAGGACACCUAGGUGUGGUUAAAGAAAUAUUAGGGAAGUUCCCAAAAGUGGCUCGAAAGGUGGACGAUAACGGGUUUUCUGGUCUGCACAAAGCUUGUAUCGGCGGCCAUGUGGACGUAGUGGGCUAUCUGUUGGAUCAACGUCCUCAAUUGGCUCGCCAAUUCACAAACUUUGGGUAUACGCCGUUGCACUUGGUUGCUAUAAACGGCAACACUCCCAUUCUUCAAUUAUUUAUGGACCUUUCUCCACUCUCCUUAUUGGAUCUUACGAAACAGGGAGACCCAAUUCCUCAUCUCACCAUUCGGUAUGACCAAUUCCCUACUUUUCUACACUUGGCUGAAACCUUCCAAACACAUGAAUCAUUCUUCAAUUCUGUUGACCUUCAUGGGAAUACUCUUUUACAUGUUGCAGCACUGUGUGGACGACUUCAGUUUGUAGAAUUCUUGAUCAAUAAAAUGAAGAUGUGGAUAAAUUGUCAGAACGAGGAAGGGUUGACAGCCCUUGACAUGCUCGACAACCUUGCCGUUAAUGGUACUGAGGAGUUCCAAACUCUUGAGGACAUGUUAAAAAAUGCCGGCGGAAAGAGAAAAAUAGAACUGACAGAUUCCAAAAUUAUUGUUCCAACCAGCGAGAAAGGGGAAUGGAUUCAAGAAUGGAUUAAUUCUUUGGAUCCAAAUGUAUUGGAGGAGGAUCAUUUGCAGAAGAGCAUUGACCUAGAUCAUGAUAAGAAGGAAGAAGAAAAGAAGAUUCAUUCUUUGGAUCCAAAUUUAUUGGAAGAGGAUGGUUUGCAGAAGAUUGACUUAGAUCAUGGUAAGAAGGAAGAAGAAAAGGAGAUCCAUUCUCCGGAUCCAAAUUUGCUGAAGGAUGGAUUGCAGAAGAUAGACUUAGAUCAUGAUAAGAAGGAAGAAGAAAGGAUUGACAUUAACAAUUUGAGGAGCAAUAGUGUUAUCCAUGCUAAUGAUGAACAAGUUGAUCAAGCAGAGAAAAAAUAUGGGUCUGUACUUCCAAACAACUUGGAGAGGCAAAAGCAUCUCAGCCAAAAGAGGCGGAAAGUGCUAAAAAGCAAAAUGGACGAGAAUCGUUCUCGGCGAGAAAAGCAACACGAUAUGUAUAAGGAAGCACUGCAAAAUGCAAGAAACACAGUUACCUUAGUUGCAGCUUUGAUUGCUACAAUUACAUUUUCUGUGGGGAUAAACCCUCCUGGUGGGGUUCACCAAGACGGCCCGCUGAUUGGAAAAGCAGUAUUCGCCAAAGCAAAAGGCUACAAGGUAUUCAUAAUAAGCAAUAGCAUUGCAAUGACCACGUCGCUAUGCAUCAUGAUCGUUUUAGUGAGCAUCAUCCCUUUCAGAAAAAAAUUACUACUACGACUUCUUAAGAUUACUCAUAAAGUGUUGUGGGUGUCUCUAGCAUUCAUGGCGACGGCUUUCACUUCGGCCACAUGGCUCACCUUACCGCAAGAUUACAAAACCAAUUGGCUUCCUAUUGCGAUAUUGGCGGUGGUGGGAGGGACUAUGGGUACACUUUUCAUUUAUUUGGGAGUAGAGUUGGUAAAGCAUUGGAUGAGAAAGCUCAAGUGGAGAAGGGAGAGAGUCAAGCCAAAUGUUCCGGUCCGCGACAAUAUUUCCGACGGUAAUUCCGACCAUCAAUCCACAGAUGAUCUAUCGUCCAAUAAAGCUAAUUCAGACAUAGAACGACGUGAUCUAAGAAAGCUCUAUUCAUUCUCUACUAAUUCUGAUGUUGCCAGUUCUAGAGGUCUAGGUGGUCAUGUAUAUUAAAGAUAUGUUUGAGAGUGUUUCCAUACCGAGUGAUUUAAUUAAUUAAAAAUAGUUUUGUAAAAUAUUUAUUAAAUUUGUUUUUUACUAUUUGGUUCUA